AUGGCCUUGCUGGAGCUUCUCUCCUGCUUCAUAGUUGUCAGUACCUCGCUUGGCUCUGGGACCCCUGACAACUACCCGGAGCUGAACAUUACACUCAGCAUCAGAAACGGGACGAAAGCAGGUCCUGGCUCCUCGCCCUGGCUUGUGGCUGUGAUGGAUGCCAAUAGGAUCCUGUUCUGUUGGGGCUCCUUGAUCACUGAGAACUGGGUGAUCACCGCCGCCCACUGCAAUGUCACGACAUCUGACUUAGUUGGGACAGGGCUGUAUGAACCACACUCAGGUAGGAAAGACAUCCAGAUCCUGAAGAUCGCCCAGGUUUUUAUAUACCCGCAACUGUAUUGGAGUCCCGUGGACAGUGACAUCGCUCUGCUGAAGCUGGCCAGCCCUGCCCGCUUCUCCAAGACAGUGUCCCCGGCACUCCUGCCCACAGCUUCCGACAGCUUCCGCUCUGGGCGCCUGUGCGUCACCAUGGGCUGGGCGCUGACCCACCCUAAUGACACCAGCCAGUCCAGGGAGCUGCAGCAGGCUGUGGUGCCUCUCCUGGCCAACUCCGAGUGCAGGAAACACUGGGGCAAGAUAAUCACAGAUGCCAAGAUCUGUGCUGGAGACAAUGGUGUCUCCUGCUGGGAAACUGCAACUAGUAUCCAGUUUUGUUGGGGAUCUCUGAUUAAUGAGAACUGGGUGAUCACCGCCGCCCACUGCAAUAUCACGACCUCUGACGUGGUUGUGGCGGGGCUGUAUGAACGACCCACAGGUAGGAAAGACAUCCAGAUCUUGAAGAUUGCCCAGGUUUUUAUAUACCCGCAACUGUAUUGGAGUCCCGUGGACAGUGACAUCGCUCUGCUGAAGCUGGCCAGCCCUGCCCGCUUCUCCAAGACAGUGUCCCCGGCACUCCUGCCCACAGCUUCCGACAGCUUCCGCUCUGGGCGCCUGUGCGUCACCAUGGGCUGGGCGCUGACUCACCCUAAUGACACCAGCCAGUCCAGGGAGCUGCAGCAGGCUGUGGUGCUUCUCCUGGCCAACUCCGAGUGCAGGAAGCACUGGGGCAGAUUAAUCACAGAUGCCAAGAUCUGUGCUGGAGACAAUGGUGUCUCCUGCUGGGAAGUGCGCGUGGGCUUUGGGACCCCUGUCAAUGGCUCAGAGCUGAGCAUUCAACCUAGGAUCAUCAAUGGGACAGACGCUCGUCCUGGCUCCUCGCCCUGGCUCAUGGCUGUGAUGACGCCCACUAGGAUCCAGUAUUGUUGGGGCUCCCUGAUCAACAAAAGUUGGGUGAUCACAGCCGCCCACUGCAAUGUCACGACAGCUGACUUGGUUGUGACUGGGCUGUAUGAGUCCCGCUCAGGUAGGGAAGACAUCCAGAUCCUGAAUAUUGCCAAGGUUUUUAUAUACCCCCAACUGAAAUUGAAUCCCGUGGACAGUGACAUCGCUCUGCUGAAGCUGGCCAGCCCUGCCCGCUUCUCCAAGACAGUGUCCCCGGCACUCCUGCCCACAGCUUCCGACAGCUUCCGCUCUGGGCGCCUGUGCGGCACUAUGGGCUGGGCGCUGACCUACCCUAAUGACACCAGCCAGUCCAUGGAGCUGCAGCGGACUAUGGUGCCUCUCCUGAUCAACUCUGAGUGCAGGAAGCACUGGGGCAAGUCAAUCACGGAUGCCAAGAUCUGUGCAGGAGACAAUGGUGUCUCCUGCUGGGAAGUCAACUCUGGAGCCCCCUUGGUCUGUAGGAAGAAAAAAGUCCGGACCCUGGUGGGCGUCAUGUCAUUUAUAAGUGAAGCAUGCCCCACCCAAAAACCGCUAGUGUUCACCCGAGUCAGUAAAAUCUCACCCUGGAUUCAGGAGACCAUGGCCAGCAACUGA